AUGUUCCCAGCUGACUUUUUCGCGCUGUCAGACUUCGGAGAUGAUCUAGAUACGGGGUUUUCUGACGACAAAGAUCUGCUCAAACAAAAACGUAAGCCAUACGAAGUCGAAUUCAAAGUUCUUUCUCCUGCGGAAAUCGAACGAGAACAGCUCGUUCAGGUUAAAGAGGUUUCCGCCAUCCUUGGGCUUCCUCCAGAGUCGGCGGCUAUCUUACUACGAUACGGACGAUGGAACAAAGAGAAGUUGAUCGAAGGAUAUAUGGAGCAUCCAGAAGAUUUGCUCGAAGGAGCAGGGCUCGGAACCAAUUUUGAGGGUACUGCGAAAACUGAAGUCUUGGAUGACUUCACUUGCGACAUCUGCUGCGACGAGGGCCCGGGGUUAGAGACUUAUGCCAUGCGUUGCGGGCAUCGCUACUGCGUCGACUGCUAUCGGCAAUACCUGAUGCAGAAGAUCAAAGAAGAGGGCGAGGCUGCCCGUAUCCAGUGCCCUGGUAGCAACUGCAACCGCAUUGUCGAUUCGAAGUCUCUCGACCUACUCGUGACCGACGACCUGAAGGGCCGCUAUCGGGAACUCCUUAUGCGGACUUAUGUCGAUGAUAAGGAUAACCUUCGCUGGUGCCCAGCCCCAAACUGCAUCUACGCAGCAGACUGCGGCAUCAAACCUCGCGAUCUUCGUCGAGUCGUGCCCACAGUCCGUUGCGCGUGCAAGUAUGAGUUCUGUUUCGGGUGUUCACUCGCCGAUCAUCAACCUGCCCCCUGCGCGCUGGUGAAGAUGUGGCUACAAAAAUGCGAGGACGACUCAGAAACUGCAAACUGGAUAUCGGCUAACACUAAGGAAUGUCCGAAGUGUCAGUCUACGAUCGAGAAAAAUGGUGGCUGCAACCACAUGACGUGUCGCAAAUGCAAGCAUGAAUUCUGCUGGAUGUGUAUGGGUCUCUGGUCUGAGCACGGCACCAGCUGGUACAACUGCAACCGGUUCGAGGAACGGUCAGGCACCGAUGCCCGGGGUGCACAGGCCAAAUCGCGUGCGUCGCUGGAGCGUUAUUUGCAUUAUUACAAUCGAUAUGCCAACCACGAGCAAUCCGCCAAGCUGGAUAAGGACCUUUAUCUCAAGACCGAGAAGAAGAUGACCAGCCUCCAGUCGCAAUCUGGCUUGUCCUGGAUCGAAGUGCAGUUCCUCGAUACCGCGUCGCAAGCCCUGCAGCAAUGCCGCCAGACUUUGAAGUGGACCUAUGCAUUUGCAUUCUAUCUGGCGCGAAACAACCUCACUGCCAUAUUUGAGGACAACCAAAAGGAUCUGGAAAUGGCCGUGGAAAGCUUGAGUGAAAUGUUCGAGAAACCCGUUGCGGACCUCGCCGGGCUUAAGGUCGACAUUUUAGACAAAACAGCCUACUGCAAUAAGAGACGAGUUAUUCUGCUGAGCGACACCGCUGAAAAUCUCAAAAAAGGUAUUUUCUGCUACUGGGAAUCCAUGAAGAAUUUGGCAGGAGCAAUGCUAAUGUUUCAAAUAGGCGAAUGGACAUUCAACGUGGAGUGGUAA